CAAGAGGUUCCCAAGACGGCCCCAAGAGGAUCCGUAACCAUUUUGGCUCAAGCCUCGCUAAGCCGGCCGGGUUGAUUUAUAUAUCGCGCACACUCAGAUUUAUUCGUAAUUUUUCUUAUACCGUUGCUGGCCUGCUCAAUUUGUUCGGAAUGGCGGCAAUGUGGAAGGCAGCAUGGGCGAUCUUCCCGUUCAUGAUAUUCGCGCCCUCGGCCGACGCACUCCUCCACAGUGCUUCCAAGGAGUCCGAGGCGGAGGAUGCCACAGGAGACGCUUCCCGCACCCAACUACCCCCGGCAUACGCAGGCUGAAGGUUUACGCGGUGUCGGGCGAACCGAUCACGAACCCCACCGAGUGCGUCACUGCCGGCCGCCGCUCUGGGCUUGUGACGUGAACAUGUGGCGACGGCUUCGAUUUGCCGUUUAUCAAUGUGAACCAAAAUCAGUACCACGACGGUUGCGUCCACCGCGGUGCACCUUACUCAUUCACUCUUUACUUCAUGGAUCCUGUGACGCAUCCAUCGCAUGUUCCAACUAUGGACAUGACUUCGUGGACCAGUUGGGAUUUGUGCCACGCACCAACGCCAGCCCCGACGCCGGCCCCGACGCCCAACCCGACGCCGAACCCGACGCCCAACCCGACGCCCUACCCGACGCCGAACCCGACGCCAAACCCGACGCCCAACCCGACGCCCAACCCGACGCCCAACCCGACGCCAAACCCGACGUCUAACCCGACGCCCAACCCGACGCCCAACCCGACGCUGAACCCGACGUCCGCACCCACGCCGUCUCCGACUCCGGUUCCGACGCCGGCGCCUACGCCCGUGCCGACGCCAGCACCGACCACGCCGAGCCCGACGCCCAGCCCGACGCCCAGCCCGACGCCCAGCCCGACGCCCAACCCGACGCCCAACCCGACGCCCAACCCGACGCCCAACCCGACGCCCAACCCGACGCUGAACCCGACGCCAAACCCGACGACGCCCAGUCCGACGCCCAGUCCGACAACCAGCCCGACCCCCAGUCCGUCCUCGUCACCGACAAGCAGCCCAACGGCAGCGCCCAUCAACAACGGCCCGACGGUCUCCGGUGUCGGCGACCCGCACCUCGUGAACACCUACGGCCAGAAAUUCGAUUUAUUUCAGGCAGGGUACCACACAUUAAUCAACAUCCCGAGGUGGGCGCGGCGGCGGGCCAACUUCCUCGUGCAGGCGAGGGCGAAUCGUGCUGGGGCUGCGUGCGCUGAUUUGUACUUUACUGAGAUCAACAUUAGUGGCAUAUGGGCUCAGCGUCACAAGGCGGCGGACCUGCGUUGGGUCGCCGAGGCCGUGAGGCCGGGCAAGGCCAAGUGAAUGAAGUUCCACAAGACGAUCAGCAUCAAGAUCGUGCAGGGUCACACCGUCCAAAACACGAGGUACCUCAACAUCCUCGUGAAGGGGCUGGACAAGACCAAGGCCCCCGUGGGCGGCCUCCUCGGGGAUGACGACCACACGGCGGCCACGACGUCAGACAUUGGCUGCAAGAAGCUCGUGUCGUUGUGAGUCGGGGCGGCUCAUAUCAUCAUAUUUGUAGCGCCUUCCUGGCAUUCGCAGCGGGGCCUGGCCGGGCCCACAUGCUGCAAUUCGCAGCAGGGCCUGGCCGGGCCCAGCCGCUGCAGCGGCGCCCAGCACUGGAUCGCAUAAAACGCACCCCGCGCGUGCGAAACGCACCCCUCGCAGGCA